AUGCUGCGUCUGUACGGUGUGGGGCGCCGCAAGGCAGCUGAGGAGACCAGUGGUUCUUCUGCUGCUGAGGGUGGAGGCGAAGCAGCAGCACCAGCAGGAGCAGCACCAGCAGCAGCAGCAGCAGCAGCACCAGCAGCAGCAGCAGCAGCAGCAGCAGCACCAAGGCUCCUCGCCAGUGACCUCCGCCUGCAGAAAGACCUAGAGGACUUAGACUUGCCCCCCAACUGUACUUUGGUGAGUGUAUCUCCUGCUGAGGCUGCUGCUGCUGCUGCUGCUGCUGCUGCUGCAGCAGCAGCAGCAGCUAACGAGCCUCAGACAACGUCAGCAGCAACAGCAGCAGCAGCAGCAGCAGCAGCAGCAGCAAACCUACAAACUUUUCUUCUCACACUCAAACCAGAUGAAGGGUACUGGCGAGGCAGCAGCAUUCGCUUCGAUAUAAAGCUGCAGCAAAACUACCCCCACGAACCACCAAAAGUUAAAUGCAAAGACAAGGCAAGGGUUUAG